UAACAACCCUAUAGGUUGUCCCAUGUAGAUUUUCCUAUCUAAAUCACCAUUCACGGAAACUUGUUUAACAAUUCAUCUGACGCACAACACUAGCAAUCAGAACAUACAUGGAUGUUAUUCUACAUAUGGUGAAUAGAUAACAAGAAAAUUUACAAUUUUUUCCUUUUCGCUUAAAGCCUUAGCUAUUAGGCGAUUCUUAUACUCAUAAACUAAACCAAUAGGUUUCACUUUUCUUUUAAGAAUCCAUUUAUUACCCAUGACUUCAUUGCCAAGAGGUAAUUCUCAAAGAUGCCAAAUCUUGUUCGAUUCUAUCGAUAUAUUACCCAAGGCUUUUCAACCAAGAGGUAACUUUACAAGAUUUUAAGUCUUAUUAGACUCCAAUAAUUCCAUUUCGUUAAUAAUGGAUUCUCCCACAAUUCUGCAUCUUUAUGGAAGUUCGAACUUCUAGCAUACUUGUAGGAUCUUUCUUUCUUAGGGUGUAAAUAACAAAUUCAUAACCAAAAUCCUGAUUUAUGGUUCAUUUGUGUCUUCUGAGUUCAUACUCAGAUUCAUCGCCCCACUAGUUAUCCAUUAUUUCUUAUAGUAGGCAGGAUAUCACCCCCACUUGAUAUGAUCCCAAAUAGGCCACUCUACAAGUUGGAAUUACUUGACGGAAAAGCAAGCUCAAGCUGCCUGAAGAAUGUUCAUUUCUGUCUGAGUCAUUUUCCGUGUUCAAGUAGCCAAUUUUGGAGGCAAGUUUCUCUCAAUUGGCUCAAUGGAAAUUCAAUUUUAAUGGCUUGUAUUGAACAUGGAGUGAUUAUCUACACCUUGGUAUGCUUGGUUGCUCAAGAAGAUGUCAUUAAGGUUGUUUUCCAAAGUCUCAAAGUUGCUACCUCAAAACUGGAAAACUGCCAGAAAAUAUCUAAGGCAGAAAACUGUGUUGAGAUACCAACUUUGAAGGCCUAUAUCUGGAGUUUGGAGAAUGAUCUCGGGCUGUUUCAAGUUGGAGGUGAAAGAGGAAGUUUUCUUCUACAGAGGAAAGGAAUUGGUUGAGUUCGAAUCAACUUGGAAGGCUUUGAUCGAGAGGCUCAAAGAUGACAUCAAAGCUGUUUGGUUACUUGGAGCUAAAGGCAGAUUUUUCUUUUCUUGUUUAGUUAGGAUUUCAUUGUUUUGGUAGUUUUUUAUUCCUUUUCGUAUUAGACUGUAAUUAGGAGUUUAUGGGACGUGUGUAACCCUAGCUAGGCCUAUUUAAGCUUUCUAUUUCGUUGUAAAACGCAGAGUUGAUUGAAUAGAAAAGAAACCGUUUGGUUUUGCAAGUUUGCGAACUUGUUUUGGGUUUGGUGGAUUCCAAACUUGCUGAGCUUGUGUAUCGAUUGAAUAGUCACUUCAAUCGUGGUCGAGCAACUACCCUUUUAUACCAAUCGAGCUAUCCCCAGGUGUGGAUUUGUCCUUUUGGUUCCGUUUUAUCCAAGUUCGUAUUAAGAACGCUUCGUUCUUGAUUCGAGCUCAAUCGAUUCUUCGAUUGAGUCGUUAGCUGCGUGACUUUGAUAACAUACACCCUCCCAGGGGCGUAUUAAGUGGUAUCAGAGCCCUGUUCAACGCAGGGGCAAGAAGGAGAUCGAGAUUUUGUUUUAGUUCUGUUUUUCUUUGCGGACUAAAACAGAGGAGAAGAUGAGAUUUCUUUUGUAGAAGCAAUUCCAACUCGAAGAGCAGACGAUGGACACCCAGCAAAUCAACAUGGACGAAUUGAAGCAGAUGGUCAUCGAAGCAAUUCAAGCGACCUUCCAACCUAAAUUCGACAGAAUCCAACGUCGAAUUGAAGAGCUGAAGUUGCUGACGGAUAAAGUAGCCACACCGAAAAAGUCUGUGUUGCAGAAUCCGAUUCAAGAGAGGCAUCAUGAACGAAGCAUUCCAAUUAAACUCACUCCAGCCAUAGACGAGUGCAUUCGAAAACUAGCGGCGAGCUGGGACAAGGCGAUCGAGACUUCGAGUGGUCCGACGAUGGAGAAAGAAGGAGCAGCCAACCGACUCUGUUUUCCUCCGGCGAAGCAGAGGCUACGUUCCGAGGAAGCUGACGUCGAACUAGAAGAUGAUUCGAACGACGUCACUGCUGCGGGAGAGCUCCUUGGUGUAAAAGAAAAGAUUUCGCCAACAGCAGGCACUCUAGACCAGAAGGUAAUCACAGAAUUUGGUUAUGCAAUCAAUUUUAUCGGAGUCGAGUGCCCCUGUUUUCGUCCGACGCAACAGAGUUUAUGUUUGGGAAACGACCUCGAGCUAGAGGACGGGUGGAAGGAAGUUAAUACUGCAUAUACAUUCCAUAUUGCCCCAGGAAUGAAUUCCCUAUCAAAAAUCGCAGCCAAGCAUCCUCAAACUGAAACACCCAAUUCUGCAAAAUCAUCUCUGAGAACGAAGGAGUUCGACUUCGAAAACGGGUAUCUCGUUGGAGAGAUUGAGCACGAAUCAAGUCAAAUGAAUACUGGGAAUAAGUUACUUGAUGAUCAUGGAAGGUGUAGCAUCACAGAAACCAGUCCAAACCGGCCUGAAUUCAGAAUCCCCAAUUUCAGUUUGGAUGUUCUACGCUCACGGAAUUUGACUCCCGAUGACGGCGGCAAAAAUGCAGGCGAUGGUUUGUCUCCUCCCAUGAACUAUCGAGGCUUGGAAGCAAUCGAAAAGUUUAUUUCGAUGAUGGAGCAAGCUGAUUCGAGCAGUAUAUUGCAGAUUGGAGGCUCGAAUCCUUGCGGUUCAACUUUCGACAACUUUCCCGAGUUUGUCGCAAAACUGGGUAGUAUGGUGAAGGUUCUGGCCACGUUUCCAAGGCUUAUCAUCGUCGAUAUUGAUCAAGGAAGCGAUGUAGAUUAUCAAAUGGCUUUGUACCUCACGAAAUCGUCACUGAAUGGCAACAAGGAUGAAGGCAGUGAGAAUUUGAAGAACGGUGAAGAACGUUUGGGAUGCACUUUUGAAGACCCAUUUUGGGUACCCUCUGAUCAUAUUUUGGCUUGCAAAAUCAUACAAGCUUUGAGGUCAAAGCUUUUUGAAGAGGGGGAGCCUGAUAUGAUCCCAAAUAGGCCACUCUACAAGUUGGAAUUACUUGACGGAAAAGCAAGCUCAAGCUGCCUGAAGAAUGUUCAUUUCUGUCUGAGUCAUUUUCCGUGUUCAAGUAGCCAAUUUUGGAGGCAAGUUUCUCUCAAUUGGCUCAAUGGAAAUUCAAUUUUAAUGGCUUGUAUUGAACAUGGAGUGAUUAUCUACACCUUGGUAUGCUUGGUUGCUCAAGAAGAUGUCAUUAAGGUUGUUUUCCAAAGUCUCAAAGUUGCUACCUCAAAACUGGAAAACUGCCAGAAAAUAUCUAAGGCAGAAAACUGUGUUGAGAUACCAACUUUGAAGGCCUAUAUCUGGAGUUUGGAGAAUGAUCUCGGGCUGUUUCAAGUUGGAGGUGAAAGAGGAAGUUUUCUUCUACAGAGGAAAGGAAUUGGUUGAGUUCGAAUCAACUUGGAAGGCUUUGAUCGAGAGGCUCAAAGAUGACAUCAAAGCUGUUUGGUUACUUGGAGCUAAAGGCAGAUUUUUCUUUUCUUGUUUAGUUAGGAUUUCAUUGUUUUGGUAGUUUUUUAUUCCUUUUCGUAUUAGACUGUAAUUAGGAGUUUAUGGGACGUGUGUAACCCUAGCUAGGCCUAUUUAAGCUUUCUAUUUCGUUGUAAAACGCAGAGUUGAUUGAAUAGAAAAGAAACCGUUUGGUUUUGCAAGUUUGCGAACUUGUUUUGGGUUUGGUGGAUUCCAAACUUGCUGAGCUUGUGUAUCGAUUGAAUAGUCACUUCAAUCGUGGUCGAGCAACUACCCUUUUAUACCAAUUGAGCUAUCCCCAGGUGUGGAUUUGUCCUUUUGGUUCCGUUUUAUCCAAGUUCGUAUUAAGAACGCUUCGUUCUUGAUUCGAGCUCAAUCGAUUCUUCGAUUGAGUCGUUAGCUGCGUGACUUUGAUAACAUACACCCUCCCAGGGGCGUAUUACCACUAUUUCUUAAUAUAAAUGGAAUCUAUUGACAUCAAUGGUUUUCACAAACUAAUGAGUAUUUCGUCUCAUAGACUUAUGUGUUUUACAAUAACUUACACACUCAUAUGUUCUUCUAGUUAUCAUGUUACUCAUUCUCUAACGCUACCACAUGCAUGCCACAUAUCGAAUAAUCAGUGCAAUCAUAAUGCAACUAGGCAUUUCAAACUAUUUCGAAUAACUAGUUAGACAAUCAGAGCACUCUAAAGAGCAAUAAAUUAUUUAUUGUCUUUUCCAUCAAGUUUACCCAUAUCAACAUAAAUCAGAUCUAUUGAUUCUGAUUCUCUAACCACAUAUUUUAUGGGUCAUUUUGCUUGGAUACAAAAUUUUUAUUUAUCUCAAGCGUUCGAGAAUAAUAUGGGAAUGUGACUUUAGAUAUUCUAAUUCUUUACAAGGACACACACGUCCCAAAAAAGAAUCCAUCUUAGAUCGUCAAUCACAGACAUGCCUUGGGGCGCUAGUAUCCAACAACCAUUCUCCAGAGUUACCAUUAAGGCUAACCUCUGUCAUCACCUAAGCGAUUAUUAUUGGCAAAUCCUCUUCUUUAAUCAAGUUAACACAAUACUAUGUUAAACUUGCUCUAACACUUUCGUGUCAUAUGACCUAGUUUUUCUCAAAUUUAAUUGAGAAACAUAGCGUCAUUCUUAGAGAAUUGUGUGACAAUCUUAUGGUUGCCGCGAUGGGUACCAUUCUAAUUGGUGUGGAUCUUGCUACUCUCAUUCUUGAAACUUUAACGUUUCAGAGCAAUCUUAGUGGUUCAUGUAGUACUGACAAACAGUACUUUUUACAAUAUCGUCACUAUGGGCAAUUAACCCAUUCUAUUCCCAUAUAUUCUUCAUAUAUAUGCAUUUUGAUAAAACCAUUCUAUUCCAAAUCAUGUAUUCAAAUUCCAUAUUCUAAUCAUUGAUGUAACACAUCUCAAUGCCAACAUAAACAUGCAUUAAUUCUAGUUUUGCAUUCACACGAUUUGUCAAUACCAUGUCUAAAACUCAAUGGAAUAGAAUCUUACUUAUCAUUUUAUCAAUGAUUCACGAGAGAAAUUUCCGUUCUUACCUCUUCCUAAGUAGUCAUUGUCUCUUCGGCUCAUAGCUAGCUUCACUUUCAAAUCAAUUAUUGCGCCACCUAACCGGGGCAGCAAAAUGUGCCAGUUCAAGCUUUUUAGGAGAGCAGCACACUCACGAGCUGGAUCUAUCAUCCCUUCCCGGCUCAUGUCACCUGUGCGGAUAUCCUCCAUCCUUCCCCUGAUCUCGUUAUCUCGCCCAGAAUGAAAAGGAAGGUCAGUUUAUAUUGUGGUUUCACACAUAAUAAACAAAAUAAAUGCAU